AAAAAAAUCCACAACCGGUUGCUCCUCACAGCCUGCCAUAGAGUCGACAGACUCUCAGGCCAGAAGGCCUGAGAAGAGAGGGCUGUCGCAUCCUGAGAUCGCCAUAUCCGGUCCCCGGUUUCUAUGGUGGUAGGACCCGCCCUCCGCUCCACCGCCCCCUCCAGGUGAGUGGUAUCUUCUUCCCGGCGCGCAAGGUAGUGAUGACACGCGUCCCCCCUCCUCUGAAGGCGAAUUGGUAGCGUCCGUGACGAAGUUAGCCCGAUCCUCCCACGCGCGCCUCCUUCCUCGCCGCCGCAGCGCCCUCUCAGUGCCACUGGCUCUCACGUGCGGGUAGCCUACCCUGCAUCAUCCUCUCGCCUCGCUCUCACUGGGAAGUGACUGUAUUUCCCCCGUUGUCUUCCACCCGGGCCGCCCGGGCGCAGCGGCCCGGCCCGCCCGCUGACGUCACCUUCCAGCCCCGCCCCCUCCAGGGUCCCGGGCCCUUGCGGCGGGGGCUGCCCCGGGGGGAGUCAGUUGAGGCGGCGGGAGCUCGGCGGAGGGCGGGCCAGGUGACUGGUCCGGGCCAUGCCGAGGAAGAAGCCUUUCAGCGUGAAGCAGAAGAAAAAGCAGUUGCAGGACAAGCGGGAGCGGAAGCGAGGGCUUCAAGAUGGGCUGCGAUCCAGUUCCAACAGCCGCAGCGGGAGCCGAGAGAGGCGGGAGGAGCAGACCGACACCUCGGACGGGGAGUCUGUGACCCAUCACAUCCGCAGGCUCAACCAGCAACCUUCCCAAGGGCUGGGCCCGCGAGGCUAUGACCCAAAUCGAUACCGGCUGCAUUUUGAGCGAGACAGCCGGGAGGAAGUGGAGAGGAGAAAGAGAGCUGCCCGGGAGCAAGUGCUACAGCCCGUCAGUGCGGAGCUGCUGGAGCUGGACAUCCGGGAGGUCUACCAGCCCGGCUCUGUCCUGGACUUUCCCCGACGUCCUCCUUGGAGCUAUGAGAUGUCUAAGGAGCAACUGAUGAGCCAGGAGGAACGGAGCUUCCAGGAGUAUCUUGGGAAGAUUCAUGGGGCUUACACCUCUGAGAAACUCAGCUACUUUGAGCACAAUCUGGAGACAUGGAGGCAGCUGUGGCGAGUGUUAGAGAUGUCUGAUAUUGUUCUGCUGAUUACUGAUAUCCGACAUCCAGUUGUGAAUUUCCCACCAGCACUUUACGAGUACGUGACUGGAGAGCUUGGGCUGGCCCUGGUGCUUGUCCUGAACAAGGUGGAUCUGGCCCCGCCAGCUCUCGUGGUUGCCUGGAAGCAUUAUUUUCAUCAACACUAUCCCCAGCUCCACAUUGUCCUUUUCACCUCUUUCCCUCGGGAUCCCCGCACCCCACAGGACCCUAGCAGCGUCUUGAAGAAGAGUCGGAGGCGGGGAAGAGGAUGGACUCGGGCCCUGGGGCCAGAGCAGCUGCUGAGAGCCUGUGAAGCCAUCACUGCAGGGAAAGUGGACCUGAGCAGCUGGCGGGAGAAGAUUGCCCGGGAUGUGGCCGGGGCCACCUGGGGUAACGGCUCCGGGGAGGAGGAGGAAGAGGAGGACGGGCCAGCUGUCCUGGUGGAGCAGCAGACUGACUCAGCGUUGGAGCCGACGGGCCCCACUCGGGAGCGCUACAAGGACGGGGUGGUGACCAUCGGCUGUGUGGGUUUCCCCAAUGUGGGCAAGUCCUCGCUGAUUAACGGGCUGGUAGGCCGGAAGGUUGUGAGUGUCUCCAGAACCCCGGGCCACACCCGAUACUUUCAGACCUACUUUCUCACUCCCUCCGUGAAGCUCUGUGACUGUCCUGGCCUUAUAUUUCCCUCGCUUCUGCCCAGGCAGUUGCAGGUCCUGGCAGGGAUCUACCCUAUCGCCCAGAUCCAGGAGCCAUACACCGCCGUGGGCUACCUGGCCUCCCGGAUCCCCGUGCAGGCCCUGCUCCAUCUGCGCCACCCAGAGGCCGAGGACCCUUCUGCAGAACACCCCUGGUGUGCCUGGGACAUCUGUGAAGCCUGGGCAGAGAAACGUGGUUACAAGACAGCCAAGGCAGCCCGAAACGAUGUGUACAGAGCGGCCAACAGCCUCCUGCGGCUGGCGUUGGAUGGCCGCCUCAGCCUGUGUUUUCAUCCCCCGGGCUACAAUGAGCAGAAAGGCACCUGGGAGUCCCAUCCAGAGACCAUGGAGCUGGUGGUUUUGCAGGGCAGGGUGGGGCCAGCGGGUGACGAGGAGGAGGAGGAAGAGGAAGAGCUGAGCAGCUCCUGUGAGGAGGAGGGAGAGGAGGACCGGGAUGCGGAUGAGGAGGGGGAAGGGGAUGAGGACACCCCAACCUCGGCUCCAGGGUCCAGCCUGGCCGCCCGAAACCCUUAUGCCCUGCUGGGUGAGGACGAGUGCUGAGUCCCUGCCCUACUCCAUCUCCCCACCUCCCCAAUAUCUUUGCUUUUGGACUGACCCGGGGGUCUCUCCCGUCUGCUGCCCCAGUUGUGAAUAAAGAUUGUCUGCUUUGUA